AUGACGCCGUUGGUGCUUCUUUCUACCUCUCGUGGCAAGGACGCAAAUGCGAAGUCGCUAGUUGCGUACCUGACUCGCUCGGUGCUGACGCCGAUCGCAACCAAAGCUGCUACAGCGGCGGACAGCGCCUCGACGGCAUCAGAGUCGAGCAAAUACCGCUGCUCUAGCACGGAGCUGCAGUGCGGCUACGGCGGCGGCGUCGACGUGUAUCUUGCCAUCCACAAUCAGCACCGCAGCACCUUCCUCGAACAUAGCGUGUACCUGUACAGUGCAGCUCUCGAGGUCUGUCCGCAGCUCUCCAUUAGUAUCGUUCCCGUCAUAGGCACAGCAGAGGCGGUGGCGUGUGACACAACAAACAAGGAAAAAACCUAUGCGCCUGCAGCCUCCUCCUCGCCCUCUGCGCGCUCGAAGCAGCAGGAGCAGCAGCUCGACGGAAUGCAGGGCGGCAGUAGCGAUGUCAUCGAGCUGUACGACGAUGCGGCGGCAGUACUGCGAGAGUGGAAGUUGGUGGACAAGGCCUUCAUGCGAGAUGCGGCGGGGUUUCAGCCGCACUACAAGUACGUCGCUGUCGGCGGCACAUUCGACCACUUUCACUCCGGUCACAAGGUUCUCCUUUCGACUGCUGCGCUGAACGCGAUGCAGAAGCUGCGCGUCGGUGUGACGGAUGCGUCACUCUUGACACAGAAGAGGUUUGCAGAGUCACUGCAAUCGAUCGAGCUGCGCAUGGAGAACGUGGCACAGUUCCUGCACAAGAUGCGGCCGGACCUGGAGCUGGAGCUGGCACCCAUCUCAGAGAUAAGUGGAGGCACAAAGAGCAUCCCCGACGUCGAGGCGCUGGUGGUGUCGCCGGAGACGGCGAAGUCGCUCGGCAUCAUUAAUGAGAUGCGCGCCGCAAACGGCGGCUUGGCCCCGAUGGUUGGCAUUACGAUUCCGCAGGUGGAAUCUCCCACCGGCGAGUCGAUCAGCUCCACCGCCCUGCGGGAGUGCCAGACGCAGGCGGAUUAA